AUGGAUAAAAGUGUGAGAUCUGCAGAAAGAGACAGAACCUCCAGGAGAUCCAUCAGCUUCAUCAUCACCUUCAUCACCAUCACCAUCAUAUUCAUCAGCUUCAUCACCUCCACCUUCAUCAUGAUGUCACGCCUCCUUCUCCUCGUCCUCUCUGCUCAGCUGACCUCGGCGCUCUGCUCUGAUUGGCUGUCGGACUACAGCACGCAGAGUGGAGAGGCUCUGAACUGGAUCAACAGCAUGGGCGGCCCGCUGAGAGACGAGCGCCCGGUCCCGUUCCCGAACAGAGCCUACAGACGCAUCCGGAGGGAGACGGUGCAGUCUCAGCUGGCGUUCGUGGGAGAAACUCUGUCGUUCAUCGCUCAGCUGUUCAACAACGCUAACAUGUCCGCCGCCGGCUGGAACCAAACCUCCACCGAGAAAUUCCGGACGAACAUCAACAGGCAGCGAGAGGACGUGCUACACUGCAUUCCCUCCAACACAUCAGCUGUCACCACGCUGCGCAAAUACUUCAGGAUGCUGGAGAAAGUGACCCUGCUCCGCACUGGGGGCAGCAGGGGGUCCUGGGAGCAGGUGAGGUGGGAGACCCGGGCUCACCUGGUGCAGCUGGAUGUUCUGGUUCAGCCGAACAUCAAAGAUCAGUCUGCGAGGCGGCGCCGACAUCACCCUUAA